UGAUUUUUAGAAUAUUUCAGGUUUAUUUUUCUUCCUUGAUACUUUUAUCUGAAUUGGGAUGUCCUUUGGUGCCCUGUGUGCAGUAAUCAGUGUCAGCAAAGCUAAUUAAAUUAACAUUUUAAAGUAGAUAAGUGCAUUUUGUCAAUAGAGGAGAGAAAUAGAUUAAACACAACAAUUAAGCUGGUUAUAUUUAAUAAAUGUAAAAUGAUCACAGUGAAAAGCUCCACUGCAGCACGUGCAGUCAGGACACUUCCAGCUCUUGAUUUGUGUGUGUUUUUUUUUUUUUGAUAGAUUAAGUGAAGUUGAAAGUCCUGCUGUCUCUGGUGAGCUCUCUGUGGGGCUUCCUGUGUUACAGCUGUGGUAACCUUGACAACAGUUAGACCACUGGCAGUCAGGACUCCUCGCAGCAUGCAGUCAUCAGGCUGUUUUGGGUUUUUAUUUUUUUUGGUCUUGGAAAGAGUGGAAGUUUGCAAGAUGAAGAAACAGAUUUUGAGUCAAGUCGUGUCUACCUUUUAGGUUUUCAGGCGUUAAUUAAACGUCAAUUAGACCAAGAAACAUUUUCCCACAAGGAGAAAUAAUUGUGUUAUUUUCCCCCUGCAGCCUGGCUUCAUAUUUAGAGUAAAGGUUGUGCGUGAACAGCGAGGCAGCUGUGCGAGAAAGCAGGAGAAGUUUCUGCCUCAAUCCUCCGGACUUCCAAAAGGAAAUGGGCAGGCGACAGGCGCGGGAGUGCAGCCGCCUAUUAGCGGCGCAUGGCGUUGCCGCACGGUGUUUUGUUUUUUUUGCACGCUACUAGUUGAAGUGGUAACUAGGAGAGCAUGACUAACUAGUUGUGGGUGAAAUUAUGGGAUGCAUCGUCAUGGCAACAGACCAGACGUCACAAUCUGGGCAUGUGUGUUCCAUUUUUGUCUUUCUUAUUUUUCAGACUGGAAGACCUGGAUAGAGAUCAGUGGGGGAAAAUGUAAAUGUUUAUUUAUUUUUUUUUUUUUUUCACUCCUGGAGAGAAAACCCCAGAUUCACUGCAAAAAAAAUAAAUAAUUUUUUUUUUUAAAAUUUUUUUUUUUAAACUGAGCGACGAAUACAUUUCUUUUUGCGUGAAGAAAGAGACUGGGCUGCGGCGUUUGGAGGGUUAACUUUCAGUAUUCUCAGCCUAAAAGGGGUUUGGGGGCUAUGAGAUAAAGAUGCCGGGGUCGCUGAGCAAUGAAGACGAGGGACAAGACGACAUGGAUUUUGAAGACGAUAUGCCAGAUGAGGAUGACGAAGGUGAGCGCAACACUGUUCCCCUCACACCCCUCGACAGCUUCUUCUCUGACGACUCUCUCAAACAACAAAAGAAGAAGAAGCCCAAAAAGAUGAAAGAGGGGAAAAUGCCCAAAGUUAAGAAGAGGAAAAAGGAGGGAGGAAUCCAGGCAAGAGUUGACAGCGACCUGGAGGAGACCUCAGAGGUGGAGGAGGAACGGGAACGUCCAGAAAUAGGCUCUGAGAGUGAGAGCAGCACGUACGGCCCAACCAAAAAGAAGAAGAAGAAACCGAAGGAGAAGAAAGAGAAGAAGCCCAGGAAGAAGAAGAGAGAUGAGGAAGAUGAGGAAGAUGACGAUGAUGACGGGAACAUGAAAGAACCCAAGUCAUCCAGCCAGUUGAUGCAAGAGUGGGGUCUCGAAGAUGUUCAGUAUGGCUUCACCGAGGACGACUAUAAAACCAUCACUAACUACAAGGCUUUCAGCCAGUUCCUCAGGCCUCUCAUUGCCAAGAAGAACCCGAAGAUUCCCAUGUCAAAGAUGAUGACAGUGUUAGGGGCCAAGUGGCGAGAGUUCAGUGCCAACAACCCGUUCAAAGGCGCAUCUGCCACCGCUGUGGCCGCCGCUGUGGCUGCCGCUGUGGAAACGGUUACCGUGGCACAGCCAACGUCUGUCAGCGGCAGCCAACCGAGCUCUCAGCUGGGGCCAAUCAAAAAAGCCAAAACCAAAGAGGGAAAGGGACCAGGAGUUAGAAAGAGAAGCAAGACUGUGAAGGAGGUGAAGAAGAAACCCAAGCCGAAGAAGACCAAAUCAAAGUCGGGCCAAAGUGGGAAGAAGAAGAAAGCAUCCUCUAGUGAGGAGGACUUCCUGGAGGAGUCAGACUUUGAUGACAUCAGCAUCCACAGUGCCUCUGUGCUUUCUGAUACCUCGGGGGCUGCCACCAAGAAAAAGGCCCGACGUGGGCGGAAAAAAAGGAAAAAGGAAGAUGGUGAUGGUUAUGAGACAGACCACCAGGACUACUGUGAGGUUUGCCAGCAGGGUGGAGAGAUCAUCCUGUGUGACACCUGUCCCAGAGCAUACCACCUGGUCUGUCUGGACCCUGAACUGGAGAAGGCCCCCGAGGGCAAAUGGAGCUGUCCACACUGUGAGAAAGAGGGUAUCCAGUGGGAGGCCAAAGAUGAGGAGGAGGAUGAGGAAGAGGCCCCAGGAGAGGAAGAGGAUGACCACAUGGAGUUUUGCAGAGUGUGUAAAGAUGGAGGAGAGCUGCUGUGUUGUGACACCUGUCCAUCUUCGUAUCACAUCCACUGCCUCAACCCGCCUCUCCCAGAGAUACCCAACGGGGAGUGGUUGUGUCCACGCUGCAUGUGCCCUCCCCUCAAAGGUAAGGUCCAAAAGAUUCUGCACUGGACAUGGGGAGAACCCCCGUUACCAGCAGAACUGCCUGUAGGCCCUGAUGGCAAACCCACUGAUCCACUGACCAAGCCUCCACUCAAGGGCCACCCAGAGAGGGAGUUCUUCGUAAAGUGGGCUGGCCUUUCGUACUGGCACUGCUCCUGGGUCAGCGAGCUGCAGUUGGAGCUGUAUCAUACGGUCAUGUAUCGGAACUACCAACGUAAGAACGACAUGGACGAACCUCCACCAUAUGACUAUGGCUCCGGAGAGGAGGAGAUCAACAGUGAGAAGAGGAAGAGCAAAGACCCCCAGUAUGCUGUGAUGGAGGAGCGCUUCUACCGCUAUGGCAUUAAACCAGAGUGGAUGGUUAUCCACCGGAUAGUCAACCACAGUUAUGAUAAGGAUGGCGAUGUGCAUUACCUGAUCAAGUGGAGAGACCUGCCCUAUGACCAGUGUACCUGGGAGGUGGAUGAUUUUGACAUCCCAGAAUAUGACAGUCAUAAACCUUCGUACUGGGACCACAGGGAGCAAAUACUAGGGGAGGACCAACGCCCUCUGGUGGUGAGGAAAGGAAAGAAGCUCAAAGAGGACCAUCCAAAGAGGGAGGUCCCUCCUGAUGCUCCCAUCAUAGAUCCAACCAUCAAGUUUGAGCACCAGCCGUGGUACAUUAACGCCACUGGGGGAACACUGCACCCAUACCAGCUGGAAGGCCUGAACUGGUUGAGGUUCUCCUGGGCACAGGGCACAGACACCAUCCUAGCUGAUGAGAUGGGCCUCGGAAAGACGGUGCAGACAAUAGUGUUUCUCUACUCACUCUAUAAGGAGGGUCACUCUAAGGGGCCCUUCUUGGUGAGUGCGCCCCUCUCCACUAUCAUCAAUUGGGAGAGGGAAUUUGAGAUGUGGGCUCCAGAUUUCUACGUGGUGACAUACACUGGAGACAAAGACAGCCGGGCAAUCAUCAGGGAGAACGAGUUCACCUUUGAAGACAGUGCAGUAAAAUCAGGACGCAAGGUGUUUCGUAUGAAGAAAGACACUCCUAUCAAGUUCCACGUGCUGCUGACAUCCUAUGAGCUGAUCACUAUAGAUCAAGCUAUUCUGGGCUCCAUCACAUGGGCCUGCCUGGUGGUAGACGAGGCCCACAGACUGAAGAACAACCAAUCAAAGUUUUUCAGAAUUCUCAACGGGUAUAAGAUUUACUACAAACUGCUGCUCACUGGGACUCCUCUUCAGAACAACCUGGAAGAGCUGUUCCACCUGCUUAACUUCCUCACCCCAGAGCGCUUCAAUAACCUGGAAGGCUUCCUGGAGGAGUUUGCUGAUAUCUCUAAGGAGGACCAGAUCAAGAAGCUCCACGACCUGCUUGGCCCUCAUAUGCUCAGAAGGCUGAAAGCUGAUGUCUUCAAGAACAUGCCUGCAAAGACAGAGUUGAUUGUCAGAGUGGAGCUCAGCCCCAUGCAGAAGAAAUAUUACAAGUUUAUUUUGACGCGAAAUUUUGAGGCUCUGAACUCCAAAGGUGGAGGGAACCAAGUGUCCCUGCUCAACAUUAUGAUGGACCUGAAGAAGUGCUGCAACCAUCCCUACCUGUUCCCUGUGGCUGCUGUGGAAGCUCCUGUAUUACCCAAUGGUUCAUAUGAUGGCAACCUACUAGUGAAGUCCUCAGGAAAACUGACGCUGCUUCAGAAAAUGCUGAAAAAACUCAAAGAUGAAGGACACAGAGUUCUCAUUUUCUCUCAGAUGACAAAGAUGUUGGAUCUGCUUGAGGAUUUUCUGGAAUUCGAGGGUUAUAAAUAUGAACGCAUUGAUGGAGGGAUUACUGGAGGCCUGAGGCAGGAGGCCAUUGACCGCUUCAAUGCACCGGGCGCUCAGCAGUUCUGCUUCUUGCUUUCAACACGAGCUGGAGGUCUUGGCAUCAACCUUGCGAGUGCAGACACUGUCAUCAUCUACGACUCUGACUGGAAUCCUCACAAUGACAUCCAAGCUUUUAGCAGAGCUCACCGUAUAGGCCAAAAUAAGAAGGUGAUGAUCUAUCGUUUUGUGACGCGGGGCUCAGUGGAGGAGAGAAUCACUCAGGUGGCGAAAAGGAAGAUGAUGCUGACCCACCUGGUGGUGCGGCCCGGCCUGGGCUCCAAAACUGGCUCCAUGUCCAAACAAGAACUGGACGAUAUCCUCAAGUUUGGCACUGAGGAGCUUUUCAAAGAUGAAAUGGAAGCAGCACGAACCAUGGGGGACAACAAAGAUGGUGAGGAGGGCAAUGUGAUUCACUAUGAUGACGAUGCUAUCUCGAAGCUGUUGGACCGCAGCCAGGACGCCACUGAAGACACAGAGAUUCAGAACAUGAACGAGUACCUGAGCUCCUUCAAAGUGGCUCAGUAUGUGGUGAAAGAAGAGGAUGGAGAGGAGGAGGUGGAGCGGGAGAUCAUCAAGCAGGAGGAGAACGUGGAUCCAGACUACUGGGAAAAACUCCUUCGCCACCACUAUGAGCAGCAGCAGGAGGAUCUGGCCCGCAACCUCGGCAAAGGCAAACGCAUCCGAAAGCAGGUCAACUACAACGAUACGACCCAGGAGGACCAAGAGUGGCAGGAUGAUCUUUCAGACAAUCAGUCGGAGUACUCUGUGGGGUCCGAGGACGAGGAUGAAGAUUUCGAGGAGAGGCCUGAAGGUGGACGCAGACAGUCUCGUCGGCAGCUGAAGAAUGAGAAAGACAAACCUCUGCCACCCUUACUGGCACGAGUUGGGGGCAGUAUUGAGGUCCUGGGGUUCAACGCUCGCCAGAGGAAAGCCUUCCUCAAUGCAAUCAUGCGCUGGGGCAUGCCUCCUCAGGAUGCUUUCAAUUCCCAUUGGCUGGUUAGAGACUUGAGAGGGAAGAGUGAGCGUGAGUUCAGGGCCUAUGUGUCUCUGUUCAUGAGACAUCUAUGUGAGCCUGGGGCAGAUGGAGCAGAGACCUUUGCUGACGGAGUCCCACGUGAGGGACUGUCUCGUCAGCAUGUUCUUACCAGGAUCGGAGUCAUGUCCCUUGUCAGGAAAAAGGUGCAAGAGUUUGAGCAUGUAAAUGGAAAGCUGAGUUCUCCAGAUCUGAUUCCCAUCGGCAUGGAGCUGAAGAAACUGACUGAGAGUUUAUCUUCUGAUCCCAACACCCCUGUGCCAGCCAGCCCUGUCGCUACACAGCCUGGCACUCCCGUCCCACCAGAGAAGACUGAGUCUCUCUUGGGUACCGCUGAAGACAAGGAGACCACAGAGCAAGAUAGCAAGAAACUGUCAGAGCAGGAAACUUCCAGUGCAGAGCCAUCAUCUGUACCUGAGAAGGCAGCUGACAGUGAAGAGAGCAAGGCCAGCUCAGAGGAGAAAACAGGAGAUGAGAGGGACAGAACCGAGUCACCCUCCACAAAGACAGAGCCAUCUGCCAACCCAAAAGAGUUCGCUUUGAAACAGACAGAGCUGUCAUCAAGUCAAACCUCACCUAAAAUGAACGCUUGCAAAGAAACAGAGAAGUCCUCAGAAAAAGGAGAUUCUGAUUUUCCUCUGGCAAAAACUGAAGACAAGGAAAAUAAGCCAGCUGUUACAGACGAUGUGAAGAGUGAAGAUGCAUUAGAGGGCCGAUUGAAUGGAGACAAAGACACUUUGGAUGAGAUGGAAGAGUGCAGGAAGGAGGACAAAAAUGGAUUCAAAGCCAAAUUCAUGUUUAAUAUUGCUGAUGGAGGUUUUACAGAGUUGCACACCCUCUGGCAAACUGAAGAGCGAGCGGCGCUGUCUUCUGGAAAGAUGCAUGACAUCUGGCACCGUCGCCAUGACUACUGGCUGUUGGCUGGCAUUGUAACACAUGGCUAUGCUCGCUGGCAAGACAUUCAGAAUGACCCACGUUAUGCUAUUCUGAAUGAGCCCUUCAAGACUGAGAUACAUAAAGGCAACUACCUAGAGAUGAAGAACAAGUUCCUGGCUCGCCGCUUUAAGUUGUUGGAGCAGGCUCUAGUGAUUGAGGAGCAGUUGAGGCGGGCAGCUUACCUGAAUAUGACCCAGGACCCCAGUCACCCGGCCAUGGCUCUCAACACUCGCUUCACUGAGGUGGAAUGUCUGGCAGAGUCCCACCAACACCUGUCCAAAGAGUCUCUGGCUGGGAACAAGCCCGCCAAUGCCGUGCUGCACAAAGUGCUGAACCAGCUGGAGGAACUUCUGAGUGACAUGAAAGCAGAUGUGACACGACUGCCCAACAUGCUUUCCAGGAUCCCGCCAGUGUCGGCCCGUCUGCAGAUGUCUGAGAGGAGCAUCCUGAGCCGCCUCACCAGCCGAGGGAGCGAGCCUCCACCACAGCAGCCUUUUAGCCAGGGGGGGUUUGGCUGCUCCCAGAUGUACAGCAGCAGCUUUGGUGGAGGAUUCAGAGGAGCAGGUGGACAACCAAUGGUCAACUACAGCCAGAUGCCUCUGGGACCCUAUGUCAGUGUGUCCUCUAAUGGCCCCCCACCCCCUACAAGCCAUCUGGACAAGAAGUCACUUGACUCCUUUAGAGAUGCGGCUACGCCUGACCUCAAGUCAGGCAAACCUAGUGAUGUCAUCUGUAUUGAGGACUAGACCAACUCUGUAACACUGACCUGAGGUCAGAAACUCCCAGGGAUGGAAUCUGUAUGGAUGACAGCUGCCCAUCUUUUCGCCACAUUCUCCUUUUUCUCCUGCUCCUUCCUGACUUAAAAUCUACAAAAUCAAGCUCUCUGUCUACAGAUAAGGCGAUUAACAUUUUGAUUAAUGCAGCUGUAUCUAUCUUAACAAUUGCACUUUUAUCUUUCAAGGAUCCUAUAAAAGUAUUUCAGUAGAUCUUUGCUUUUGUUAACGUGUGCUUGAGAGCUGAGGAUUAGGAGGGAAAAUGAAGCAGCUUUUCUGAAAGAGGAUUUCUUUUUUUUUUUCAGCCCUGCACUACAAGGCAAAACUCAAGCAAGCUGGCAUGACUGAGUUUCUGAUGCUCUUGAUUGGGGCUCAUUCUAAUCUUGGAAUGUGUGUUUGUUUGUGCCAGCCUCGACUUUUUUAUUCUGCUUACCCCGUGUUGCUUUUAUCCAUCUGCCUAUUCACUGUACACUGUGACUGUGCCACACUGGAGCUUGUUCCCUGCGAAGAGGUGUGGAAUUAACGACGUCUUCAGUCAUAGUUUGAUAGGAGAUUGUUUUUCUGAGGGCCAAUAUUGUUUAAAUGAACAUGUGUUUUGUCAUUCAUGUAGUAACCAGUGAAUAAAUUGUUGAUUUGAAAGCAUCAAAAACUAUUAUCAUGUAUGCAGUAGCUGGACACAGUCUUUCUGAAUCCUCUAAAGACUGCCACCCGCUGGUAAUUUGGAGAAAGUAAUGUCUGCCAAACCUGCAGAUACACUUUACUGCAGUACCAGUAACCUGUGAGGGUUGGCUUCUUGUACUGUAUAUACUCAGAGACUGCUGUUUAUUUUACCUCACAUAGGUCUAAUCAUAGUGAAAAUAUGUAUACAUACAUGGAUGAAAUCAGAAUCUUGGCUUGGCAUUGUACAUGAAGAUCGAGCAGAGAAGAAAAAGCUGCAGGAGUGGUUUUUAAUGCAUUUCAGAGAAGACGGAGUAUUUCUGUGUAUGGUACAAUAUUUGUGAUUCUUAUUAUAUAUUUGAAUGUUAGUAGUGGCUGUAGAGCUUAACCCUGGGGCCAUGACCACUGGGACGGCACUAUAAACAGGAACUCAUCUGGUCUACAUUUAUGUACAGGGCUUUAAUGUUCAGGCCUAACUGAGAACAGAGUCCUGAGUGGAGAGUGGCUUUUUUCCUCUUAUGUACAUCCCAGGGACUUUCCCAGUUCCCUUUACAUUGUUAGAACUGAAUAAGAACAUAUGUGCUUAUGGCGCAAUGUCACCUAAAGUCUAGUAUUUGUUGCAAAAUGAACUUUUGUUUGCUUCUCUUUCUUUAAGGUAAAAUAAGAUGUAUUUGGUCACUUGGUGCCAUUAAAGAAGAUGAUCCAGUAUGUUUUGUUCUUUGAUGCAGUGUAUUUCCUCCACAGAAGUGAAGACUGUAAUUGGUAGUGUCACAGUCUAAAACUACAUUUAAAGGAAUUUAUCAGUUUCUAAGGACCAAUGUUGCACAACAUUACUCUUUAGAUAAUGUCUUCACUUCCAGUUUCCUCAGUUAUGUUUGGGUUCUUUCAAGAGUGUAUCUUGUUGCCUAUUGCUUUACCUGGGGUGAAGACACGUUAGCAUGGUAUAGCUGCAUCUCUUGUCCAUUCCAGCUACUACUAUUAUGCGCUAAAGUGACUGUCUAUUAAGUAAAAGAAUCUUUUAUAAAUUCAAGCUUACUAUAUUUCCUUUUCUAUGAAGGCAUUGCUCGAAUGUUUGGACUCAAAGUGCAAAUUGUUAUUGACAUAUUUGUCUUUUUUUCUUUUUCCAAAGACCAGUGGCAUUACCUGUUUAUAUUAUUAUUGCCAUUGCCACAGCACUUAUUUGACAUUGUUGGGAUGACGAUUGUGAUUGGACUAAUCUAAACUGAAGAGGUAGUGCUGUACAGAGUUGGUGAGUGUAUUUUCUUACUCUCCUUUUGCCACUUCAAAUGGUUGUCCUGAGGUGCUCUCUUCUGACCCCUUUUCACUUACUUAGAUUCUGUCACUGCAACCCCCUCGCCCAUCAUUUCUCAACCUGCUUUAACUUAGAACUAAAAUUCUGUUUCAAAACAUCAAAUGAACCUUGAAGUGCAUCAUAUCAAUUUUUGCGCUAUUCUUUGUUAGUGUUUAUAAGUGCUGUUUUGUUCAUUGUGUUUUUGUUCAUGCCAUCAAUUACUUGACCAUGACAUGUAUUAGGUUGCUUGACAGAUAGAACCUCAGAAACAUGUAAAUACUUGAAAGAUUUUUCAGAGAUAAGUCCAUCUCAUACAGAUUUAUGUAUCAAACUGAAAAAAAGAUGAAUGUCUGCUGGAUGGUGUUGCCAUAGAACUGCAGUUUGCACCGUAUGUGCUCAUCACUCGACAUCAUGUCCUUUUCCCUCUGGAGUGAUGACCAUGAGAUGACGUCAAAAACACAAUACUCCAAUGAAAUGCAAUCAAACUGAAGUCAGUAUGAAUGUAAUGUCUGUUAGAAAAAAAAGGCUUCAGUCUAAUAUUAUAAAUAUGUUAACAAUGUAUGUACAUGCUUAUUAACAUGGCUUCAAAAGCUACCAAAAGACCCUGAUAAAAGGCACCUUUGUUGCAGUGAAUGCACAGCAUAUGAAGCGUUUGAUAUGACGGUUCACUUUGGGGAGAUGGUAGUGUAUCUAGCAUUUACAGACAUUGAGCUCCAAGCAGUGUUAUGGUUCUGAUAUUUGUGCUGUAUAGCAAUUGAAUGAAAAAGUGAAUUGUCAUCUUUUUAUUUGUAUUCUGUGUAUUUGUUCAAUGUGUUUUAAUAAAUCUUCUGGACAAUAGAAA